UGCCAACGUAAAUCUGUAUUUUUUACUUAACGUUAGCAUUGCGUUUAUGAAAAGAUUCACUUCACACCGUUGGCACCUCUUAUAGUUGAUCCAAAAUUCGCCAUUCUCCGGAGCCCGUGUUUAUUUUGUGAAGAAGAAAAUCCAUCGAAAUGCAACCUCAAAUCAUCCUCCUCAAAGAGGGCACCGAGAACACCCAAGGAAAGCAGCAGCUUGUUUCCAACAUCAAUGCCUGUCAAGUGGUCGUUGAAGCCGUUCGGACCACCCUUGGUCCCAGGGGCAUGGACAAGCUCAUUGUCACCCAGAACGGAAAGGCCACAAUCUCAAACGACGGCGCUACCAUCAUGAAACUGCUCGACAUUGUCCACCCUGCAGCAAAAACCCUGGUUGACAUUGCUAAGUCACAAGACGCAGAAGUCGGGGACGGAACUACCAGUGUUGUCCUCAUUGCUGGCGAAAUUUUGAAGCAGCUGAAGCCUUUUGUCGACGAAGGAGUGCACUCCAGAAUUAUCAUUAAAUCACUUCGAAGAGCAACACAGCUGGCUGUCGACCAAAUUAACAAAUUGGCUGUCAAGAUCGACAAGAGAAGUCCUGAAAGCACCAGGGAGCUGCUGAUAAAAUGCGCAGCAACAGCUUUGAGUUCGAAGCUUGUGAGCCAGCAGAAGGGUUUCUUCAGCACUUUGGUUGUCGAUGCCGUUAUGUAUCUCGACGAACUUUUGCCACUCGAUAUGAUCGGCAUCAAGAAGGUUCAGGGUGGAGCUUUGGAGGAGUCUCUGCUUGUUAGAGGAGUGGCGUUCAAAAAGACUUUUUCCUAUGCCGGUUUCGAGAUGCAGCCAAAAACUUACAAAAAUCCCAAAAUUGCCCUGUUAAACAUUGAGUUGGAAUUGAAAGCCGAGAGGGACAAUGCUGAAAUCAGAUUGGAUAAUGUCGAGGAGUAUCAAAAGAUUGUGGAUGCUGAGUGGAGUAUUUUGUACGAAAAACUAGACAAAAUCACUCAAAGUGGGGCCCAGGUUGUGCUGUCAAAACUGCCCAUUGGUGAUGUCGCCACCCAGUAUUUUGCGGACAGAGACAUGUUCUGUGCCGGAAGAGUGCCUGACGAGGACCUCAAGAGGACCAUGAAGGCUUGUGGAGGUGCUGUCAUGUCCACGGUUCAUGAUCUCAAUGAUUCUGCUUUGGGCACAUGCCAAACCUUUGUUGAAAAGCAAAUUGGAGGCGAAAGAUUCAACAUGUUUGAGGGAUGUGCUCAUGCCCAAACUUGUACUUUCAUCUUGAGAGGAGGUGCCGAACAAUUCCUGGAGGAAACUGAACGUUCCCUCCACGACGCUAUCAUGAUUGUCAGGAGAACGCUUAAAAAUGACGCAGUUGUUGCUGGUGGUGGAGCUAUUGAAAUGGAGCUCAGCAAAAUGUUGCGCGACGAGUCCAGGAUGAUCGCCGGCAAGGAGCAGCUUUUGAUUGGUGCUGUUGCCAAAGCUCUCGAAAUCAUUCCUCGGCAGCUGGCUGACAAUGCUGGUUUUGACGCAACAAAUAUUCUCAACAAAUUGAGGCAAAAGCAUGCUCUGGGUCACACAUGGUAUGGUGUUGAUAUCAUGAAGGAGGACAUUUCCGAUAACUUUGAGGAAUGCGUCUGGGAGCCAAGCGUGAUGAAAAUCAACGCCCUCACUGCUGCUUGUGAAGCUGCAUGCCUUAUCCUCUCCGUCGACGAAACGAUUAAGAACCCCAAGGCCGGCGAAGGUGGUCCUCCGAUGGGAGGAGGAAUGGGCAGGGGCAGAGGAAGACCCAUGUAAGGAGGCAAAUUUUAUCUCAACAAUUUUCUUUCCUAAUUUAACAGCUUAAUUUGAUUCGCACUUAACAACCACUUUACUAAAGUGAUAAAACCAAAAAUUAUCACACCACCAAGUUCUUUAUUUUUACUUACACGAAUAAUUGAAUACCACAGUUAUGUUUAUUUAUUAAUGAGCCAAGCUUUUGCAACUGAACUCAACAAUGUAACAAUUUCCAAUUUUUUUUGUCAACAUUCAAUGUGAUGCGCAAAUUGAUAUAAAUAAAUACGUCGAAAGCAACUCUCACAUGA